AUGGGUCUCUUUUGCACACUUUAUCUCUCUGGGGGCUUGGCCUUCCCUGAGAGAAUUCACGGUCAACAGCAGCAGCAGCAACAGCAGCAGCAAAAGCAACAGCAGCAGCAUCAGCAGCAGCAGCAACAGCAGCAGCAACAGCAACAUCAGCAACAGCAAAAGCAACAGCAGCAGCAGCAGCAACAGCAUCAGCAACAGCAGCAGCAGCAGCAAAAGCAUCAGCAACAGCAGCAGCAGCAACAGCAGCAGCAAAAGCAUCAGCAACAGCAGCAGCAGCAUCAGCAGCAGCAUAAGCAGCAGCAACAGCAGCAGCAGCAGCAAAAGCAUCAGCAACAGCAGCAGCAGGAGCAGCAGCAACAGCAGCAGCAGCAGCUGAGGAAGAUGUCCAGCCUGGUCGGGGGCCCAAACGUAAAAAUGCUCCCCAAAUGUUAUGGAAAUCCUUGCUUUUCCCUAAAAACACUCUACUGGGGGAAUCCAAUGUUCGUUUCAAUCAAUCUAGUUUUCGAGGUGGAAAAACUCAGUCGGUACCCGCACUUAUAG